AUAAUAUUUUUUAAACUUAAGUAGUACCAACAAAAACAAUAGUAAUUUUAUAAUUGGAUUUAAUAUUUGUAAAUUUGUAAAUUUUAAUUUGUAUUUCGGUAUCUUUUUUUUUUAUUUUCUCAAGUAUAUUUGGUAGGUAUUGUUUAUGUUUUUAAAUAAGGUAAUGGAUCAAUGCCAGAUUGAUGGUAUCGAGGAACUCAAGAUUACCAAUGAUGUUCAUCUUGAAACUACUAAUAAUAAUAUGAAAUCAAUCAGACACAUUACUAUCAAAAAAAACACUUCAGAAUCAGAUCAUCGUACUCCUAAACGUAAAAGUGAUAUUUCUAACUCAAACAUUUUGAAAAAAAAAAAAAAAUAUGAGACUGCAUUGGCUGCAAUUUUUCCUGAAAAUGACCAGUCAUACUCACAAUAUGCUCAAGAUUAUGCUGAAGGAUAUAUGAAAAAAAUGCGAGAAAGAUUAGAUAUUGAAUCAUUUGAUCUAGCCAUAAAACUUUUAGCAUCUUUUGGGGAUGCUGAUGAUAGCAAUAUUAAUCUUUUAUACGAACAAAUAACAGAAGUAUUAACUGAUAAAAAUGAUGAUUUAAUCUAUGAAUUUUUAGGAUUUUUACUUCCUGGACAAGCUUUAUCAAUUGGAAAAUUCACAGAUUAUCUAGAAUUAACUAGAAUAAAGGAAUUUAUUAGAAAGUUACAAGUUUGCAUGAAAAAACAACCAACUCAAGUUCGUAAAAUAUUAAAUAAUUUGUUUCAUUUAUCAAAAAGUGAAAAUAUUACUCCAUUAGAAGUUCAUACAGCUAUGCUUCCUUUACUAAAGAGUAAUCCAAUUUUGGUUGAUUGUUUUUUUCAAUUAAUCCCAACAGAACAUCCUCCCGAGAGUUUUUUUUCUGAUGAUAAUUGGGAAGACUUGGAUAUUGAUCAAAGUAAUAACUAUGGAAUAGAUUAUGAAGAAAUAAUUCCAUCCGAUUCAGAAGAUCAUACUCAAUUAAAUAUAUGUCAUUGUAUGUGUCAUAAACCUGGAGAUAAUACACAUUGUAGAUCCUGUGGUCUAAAGUUUUUUAAAGGUCGCAUUUACUUUGAUACUCUAGAAGGAUUAAAAUUAGCAAAAAUAAAUUUUGAAGGAGCUGACCCAUCUAUUGUACAGUCUAAGAUUGAUAAGACAGAAGAAAAUAUUACAGUGAAGCAAAAAAAUAGAAAGAGUUUGAUUAAAAAUAGUUCUCCUGGCUCAGCGGAAGAUAUUAAAGGCAGCACAGGAACAGAAUCAGAAGAAGAUCUGAUUGAUGUAAAACCAAAAAAACGUCAAAAAUCAAAAGUAGUGCAGUCUUUAAAGCUAAAAUUUAAAAAAGAAGAAAAUCCUAAAUGUAAAGAUGAACAAGAACCAAACAUUGAAACAGGAAAGUCUAUUGUUCAUGUUACUAAUGAAGAAUUGAAAAGCAGUGAGAUGGUGUUUUUUUGUAUUCCUAAAGCAGAAGCUAGUGUGAAAAUUAUACCCAAAAAGAGAUUAAAAGUUGAAAUUAAAGAAAAUGCAAUACAAAAGGAUUAUGAAAUUAUUAAUGAAAUAGAAUCUGAUACGGUUAAUUUGGAUAAUUUUAAUUCAGAUGUAUUUGAAAAGAAUUUAGAAAUUAAAAACGAAGUUUUUUUGGAUAAAAAUGAUGUUAAUAAUGUAUCGAAAGAAUUAAAAAAAGAAUUUGAUUUCUUACUUUCAUCAGUUGCUACUGUUAAUUUACCAGAAGUAGACAUUAAGUAUGAGCAAUACCAAUUACCAAACCAAAUUAAAGAAGAAUUUACUAGCACUAAUAUUAAUAGUAAUUCUUCUGAAAAUUAUAACCAAUCAAGUAACCAGAAAAGCUUAGAAAAAUCAAAUAACCCUAAAAUUAAACAAGAGUUUAUUGAAGACUUAGACAUCAGUAGUAUUAGCAAUAAGAAAGAAUGUGAUUAUCAUAAAACCCCAAUCAAAUUAACAGGAAGUAAUUUGUUCCCCACUACAAAAUCUGAUAUUAAUAAAACAUUACUAAAUAAAAAUAUAACUUUAAAAAGUGACGCUAUUGAUAAUUUAUCCAAAUGUUAUGUUCAUGUAAGAGACAGACGAGAUAAUAAUGAAUCAGAAAAACAGUUGAUAAACAAAUGGACAAUAGAUGAAGAUAAAAUUAUAUUACAAACUUGUAAAAGAGUUGAAGACAUUGAAGUUUUAUUAGAAACAAUUAAAAGGCGAAUACCACAAAGAUCAGUAUCUGAGAUACAAGAAAGGUUUACAACUUUGAUGACUUUACUUGAACAGAUGAUUGAAGUAAAACAAAAUUAACAAAGAUAAUUAUUAUAUUAUAACAUAAUUAUUUGUUAUUUAUUAGAAUAAAAACAUACUAAAACAGUUUUUUAA